GUCGAGACCCAGGUUGGCCGCGCCGUCAAACGAGUUACCGCGCUCCCGCUAUUCCUCCCUGCGGCUGCAAGCGGGCCGUGCCAUGCCGGCGUCGCCAUGGCCGACCCCUCGCUCCGUGCGGCAAGCGUCCCAGCUCCACGCCAUCCUCACCACGUCCGGCCGCAUUGCCCACCGGCCCUCCGCCGAGCACCUCCUCAACUCGCUCACCAACUGCCUGUCGGCCCCGCGCCACCUGCGCUACGUGCUCAGCCUGUUCGACCGAUUGCCGCACCCCACCACUUUCCUCCACGACACCGCCCUCCGCGCCUGCCUCCAGGCUUCCGCCGGCGCAGACCAUCCCGUCCUCAUCCUCCGCCGCAUGCGCCGCGGGGGCGUCCGCAUGAGCGCCUUCACGUUCCACUUCGUCUUCCGGUGCUGCGCCGCUGGCGCUGGCGCCGGGCUCUGCCGGAUGCUGCACGCCGCGUGCCUCCGGACCAUGCUCCCCUCCGCAGCACGGAUCGUUGCGAACCCCCUCAUCCACAUGUACGCCUCGCUGGGGCUCACGGACGACGCCCGCCGGGCGUUCGACGAGGUACCUGUCAAGGACGCGGUUGUGUGGGCCACGGUGAUCGGCGGGCUGGUCAGGUGGGGGCUGCUCGAUGAAGCGCGGAGGCUCCUCGUGCAGGCACCGGAGAGGAACGUGGUCUCGUGGACUAGUUUGAUUGCUGGGUACUCGCGUGCUGGCCGGCCUGCUGAUGCCGUGUAUUGCUUCAACUGCAUGCUUUCAGAUGGUGUCGAGCCGGAUGAAGUCGCGGUGAUUGGUGCUCUCUCGGCAUGUUCGAAGCUCAAGAAUUUGGAGUUUGGGCGCUUGCUGCACUUGCUGGUUGGGAAGAAGAGGAUCCAGAUGACUGACAAACUUGUUGUUACGCUCAUCGACAUGUAUGCCAAGUGUGGUGACAUUGCCCAAGCGCAGGCGGUCUUUGACGCUGUGGGAAGGGGCCAAAAGCCUGAGCCAUGGAAUGUUAUCAUUGACGGUUACUGCAAGCUUGGCCAUGUUGAUAUUGCAAGGUCUCUGUUUGAUCAAAUGGGUGCCCGUGAUGUCAUCACAUUCAACUCGAUGAUCACUGGAUACAUCCACAGUGGCCGGCUGAGAGACGCAUUACAGUUGUUCAUGCAGUUGAGGAGACAUGGCAUGCGUGCUGAUAAUUUUACCGUGGUGAGCCUUCUCACUGCUUGUGCGAGCUUAGGUGCACUGCCGCAGGGCAGGGCUUUGCACGCUUCAAUCGAACAGAGGAUAGUAGAGGAAGAUGUCUACCUUGUAACUGCACUUGUGGACAUGUACAUGAAAUGUGGGAGGGUGGAUGAGGCAACCGCUGUGUUCCAUCGCAUGGGUGAAAGAGACGUUCACACUUGGAGUGCCAUGAUCGCAGGUCUUGCAUUCAAUGGGAUGGGUAUGGAUGCUCUGGAGUCUUUCUGCCAGAUGAAGCGUGAUGGUUUUCAGCCCACCUCAGUUACCUACAUUGCUGUUCUGACUGCAUGCAGUCACUCGAGUCUGCUUAAUGAAGGUCGUCAGCACUUCAACGAGAUGAGAUCGUUGCACAAAUUACACCCUCAGAUUGAGCAUUAUGGCUGCAUGAUAGAUUUGCUUGCUCGCAGUGGGCUCUUGGAUGAAGCUAUGCAUCUUGUUCAGACCAUGCCAAUGCAACCAAAUGCUGUCAUAUGGGCCUCCAUCUUGAGUGCUUGCAGAGUCCACAAAAACAUUGACCUAGCCCGACAUGCUGCGGAGCAUCUUCUGAAGUUAGCGCCUGAGGAGGAUGCUGUCUAUGUCCAGUUGUAUAACAUAUACAUAGACUCUAGACAAUGGGUAGAAGCAAAAAGAAUAAGGAUGUUGAUGGAAGAACAGGGAGUUAAGAAGACGGCAGGUUACAGUUCGAUUACUGUGGCUGGGCAGGUACACAAGUUUGUUGUCAAUGACCAAUCACAUCCUUGGACAUUAGAGAUCAUCACUAUGAUGGAGGAAAUUGCACGCAGGCUGAAGUCUGCGGGUUAUUCGCCAGCUACGUCAAGGAUAGCAGUGGAUGUUGACGAGGAAGAGAAAGAACAGGCACUUCUAGCACACAGUGAGAAGAUAGCCAUUGCUUUUGGUCUCAUUAGCCUUCCACCGAACUUACCAAUUCAUAUCAUGAAGAACCUGAGGGUCUGUGAGGACUGCCACUCUGCAAUCAAGUUGAUCUCUCAGCUUUGGAACCGGGAAAUCAUUGUUAGAGAUCGGAGUAGGUUCCACCAUUUCCGAGAUGGAGCAUGUUCUUGCAAUGAUUUUUGGUGACUACCAUUCUGCUAAGCUUCUAGUCCUGUUCCAGAGGUCAGAAGACAAUCACAAGAAUACACUAAAAGCACAAGUGCUUUCAUCUCACAAUUCUGCUUCCAGUUUCAGAUUUAUAAAUGCCUAAGGGAUAGGAAGUCGGAUGUGUCUGCACGCAAACACACUCGGUGGGUUUCACAAUGAUGGAACUGAAUGUCUGAAUCCGUGUGAUUUGAUUCUUCAGUAUGACACCAUGCCAUUGUUUUUUCGAGCACAGCAGUUUUAGAACAGUGAUAAAAAGGCCACAGCCCACAACCCGAAGGCUUGACCGUGGUAAAUACAAAUAAUGGGCUGUCUAAUCUGGUUAACGGGUCGGCCCAGUCAAUAUGGACAUAUGUGGGGCUGCUUGUUAGAGCCGUUCAGGCUUUCAGGGGCCAAACGGCGGAGCCGGCUCCGGCGACCGCCCUCCGCUCUGACCUCGCCUGGCGCCUGGCGGCCAGACGCUUGCGGGCGUGCUCCUUCCUCGGAGGGCCCCGUGGCUGCGCCGUGCCUUGUCCACCGAGGUGACUUGUGAGAUCUCGCUAUUCCUUUCUCCCCGCUGACAGGCAAGCGAAUCCAAGUAGGAGUAC